UGCUCAUACGUAAGAAGGCGGGGAGGGGCGAGCGAGAACGACGAUUGGUUUAAAUAGCAAGCCGACCCUCCCUCAAAGCGGCACCUCUUCUGCGGGAGAACUGCGUCAAGCAACAACCAACGCAACGGGAAGCAUUCCAUCCUUUUCACUCAAGCUCAAACGAUGGCCACCAAAGAAAAACUGAUCACCCAAGUACUGAAGGAGGAGCCUGGGAGCAGCAGGAACAAAGUAACGGUGGUGGGUGUCGGCAUGGUGGGCAUGGCCACUGCCGUGAGUCUCCUGCUCAAGGAUCUGUGUGACGAGCUGGCACUGGUGGACGUGAUGGAGGACAAACUGAAGGGUGAAGCAAUGGACCUGCAACAUGGCUCCUUCUUCCUGAAAACACACAAGAUUGUAGCAGACAAAGACUACAGCGUGACAGCCGGCUCCAGGGUGGUAGUGCUGACAGCCGGCGCACGUCAGCAGGAAGGAGAGAGUCGUCUGAAUCUGGUGCAGCGCAACGUCAACAUCUUCAAGUUUAUCAUCCCCAACAUUGUCAAGUACAGCCCCAACUGCAUCCUGAUGGUUGUCUCAAACCCAGUGGACAUCUUGACCUACGUUGCUUGGAAGUUAAGUGGGUUCCCCCGCCACCGUGUCAUCGGCUCAGGCACCAACCUGGACACAGCCCGCUUCCGCCACCUCAUGGGAGAGAAAAUGACUCUCCACCCUUCAAGCUGCCAUGGCUGGAUCAUCGGAGAGCAUGGAGACUCCAGCGUGCCUGUUUGGAGUGGCGUGAACGUGGCCGGUGUCAGCCUUCAGGGCCUCAACCCUAAGAUGGGGGCUGACGGAGAUAGUGAAGACUGGAAGGCUGUGCACAAAAUGGUGGUUGAUGGCGCUUAUGAGGUGAUCCGUCUGAAAGGUUACACUUCAUGGGCCAUCGGGAUGUCUGUGGCUGACCUGGUGGCGAGCAUCACUAAGAACAUGCACAAAGUUCACCCCGUGUCCACGCUUAUCAAGGGCAUGUACGGCGUGAAAGAGGAGGUUUUCCUGAGCGUCCCCUGCGUCCUGGGCAACACGGGCCUGUCGGACAUCAUCAACAUGACCCUGAAGCCUGAGGAGCAGCAGCAGCUGGUGAAGAGCGCUGAGACGCUGUGGGCCGUCCAGAAGGAGCUCACACUGUGAUAUCACAAUUUGACUCCAAACUAAAUGUUACAAACACUGUGCAUUGCCCCAAGCUACUCCCCUUGUACUUUCUGUGUCAAACGUUGUUAAGACCUAUGAAGUUGUAAAAAGUGGAAGCUACUCUCCGAAAUUAACAAACAUUAGAUGUUGCUGUUUAUUUUUUUCUGUCAUCUCCCCUCUGUGUAUGAAUAAGCAAAAACAGCCUUGAAGGUCAAGCCUGAUCUAGUAUCUAAAAUACUAUGUACUGUAUGCUGUCACUGUACACUCGUGGCUUCUUUCGUACACUCCUUAUGUUCAUAUUCUGUCUAAAAUGUAAAGGUUAUAUGUCUGUUUUUGUCCACUUGGUUAACUUGUGUUUUUUCAAAGUCUGAUGGAGACAUUCCAUUCUCAGUGAGGGCAGACUUCCUGUCCACCUUAUGUUGUAAUACGCAGCAAUGUACACACGUGUGACCACAAGUGCACUGACAAGUGAGAUAAGAGUCAAUAGAAAAUCACUACACUCCUUUGGUUUGAGAUGUCAUUGAAAGGAAGGCAUCAAUAUAUACAACAAACUUGAAUAUGUUGUUUGUGCACCAUAAUACCCUCAAAGAAUCUAAAGGACGUUAACAGAGUGUAAUUGUGUUGUUUUCCCCAAAAGCCGUUACUGCAGAUGAUAAAUAUUUAUUGUUUCCAGUCUUAUCUAUCAUUAAGAUAAUUGACUGAGUCGAUGUAUCUGGGCAUAUUUUUAUGUGCUAAAGCAACAAAUAAAGCCAGGAUACAGAAACAAAA